AUGAGUGGUCUUCGCUUCCUGGAUCUAAUAAAACCCUUCGCUCCUUUCCUCCCCGAAGUCGCCUCGCCGGAGACGAAAGCACCAUUCAAUCAAAAGGCAAUGUGGACAGGCCUCACUCUCCUCAUCUUCUUGGUUAUGAGCCAGAUGCCCUUAUAUGGCAUCGUAUCCUCCGAUUCGAGCGAUCCUAUGUUCUGGCUCAGAAUGAUGUUGGCGAGCAACAGAGGGACUUUAAUGGAGCUAGGAAUUACACCAAUCAUUUCCUCUGGCAUGGUUUUCCAAUUACUGGCAGGAACCCACUUGAUCGAUGUCAACCUAGACCUGAAGGUCGACCGAGAGCUCUACCAGACGGCGCAAAAGCUUUUUGCCAUCAUCCUUUCAUUUGGCCAAGCUUGUGUGUAUGUACUCACUGGACUAUACGGCCCACCGUCAGAGCUUGGUGCUGGAAUCUGCGUUCUCUUAAUUGUGCAAUUGAUUAUCGCCGGUCUCAUUGUCAUCCUCCUCGAUGAGCUACUACAGAAAGGCUAUGGUCUUGGCUCAGGAAUAUCUCUCUUCAUUGCGACCAACAUCUGUGAAUCGAUCAUAUGGAAAGCUUUCUCACCAACGACGAUCAACACCGGCCGUGGUCCAGAGUUUGAGGGCGCAGUCAUCGCACUCUUCCACCUACUUCUCACCUGGCCCAAUAAGCAAGUCGCACUACGAGAAGCAUUUUUCCGCCAGAAUUUACCCAAUAUCAUGAACCUUCUGGCUACUGUGGUCAUCUUCGCCGCUGUCAUAUACCUACAAGGUUUCCGAGUUGAGAUCCCUGUCAAAUCUUCGAAACAGCGUGGAAUGCGCGGAUCUUACCCGAUUCGACUCUUCUACACUUCCAACAUGCCCAUCAUGCUUCAGUCUGCUUUAGCCUCCAACUUCUUCCUCAUCAGCCAAAUGCUGUUCUCUCGAUUCUCGGACAAUUUGCUCGUCAAAUUGCUUGGAGUAUGGGAACCUAAAGAGGGAGGAUCCUCACAGCUAUUCGCCGCUAGUGGAGUCGCAUACUACAUGUCGCCACCGAACGAUCUCAAGGCUGCUUUACUGGAUCCAGUGCACGCCGCUAUCUACGUUGUCUUCAUCAUGACUGCCUGUGCUUUGUUCUCAAAGACUUGGAUCGAAGUAUCCGGAAGCGCGCCAAGGGAUGUUGCAAAACAAUUGAAGGAGCAAGGACUCGUCAUGGCCGGGCAUAGAGAGCAGAGCAUGUACAAAGAGCUCAAGCGAGUCAUUCCUACCGCUGCUUCAUUUGGCGGUGCGAUCAUUGGUGCGUUGUCUGUGACGAGCGAUCUGAUUGGCGCUUUGGGAUCUGGAACCGGAAUCUUGCUGGCUGUCACCAUCAUCUACGGGUAUUUCGAAAUCGCUGCGAAAGAAGGAGAUAUGGCAGGAUUGAAGGGGAUGAUCAUGAGCUAG